UUUAUGAAAAUAAUAAGGAAUAAAAUAAUUUUUAGAGAAAUAUUAUAUCAUUGUAAACUAUAUAAGAUUAAUAGAAAAUUAAGGAUCUUACAUAAAAAUGAUCUUUUAAAAUAUCCAGAAAGAGAAUAUAUUACCCAUUUAGAAUUGUAUUCACAAUAUCUCCCCCUAAUGCACGAAAUACCUCCAUCAGUCAGAGCCAUUACUAUUGGUGAGUUUUAUAAACAAGAACCACUUACUUCAGGUGUUAUUCCAAAUACAGUUAAUCAUUUAAUUUUAGGUAGAAAUUAUUCCAACAAAUUAGCAAAAGAUUCAAUUCCAAAUUCAAUAAAUACCUUAGAGUUUUGCAGCCCCUGUAUAAUUGAAGAGUGUUAUAUACCACCUUCAGUUACAACUGUUAAAUAUCAUGGCCCAAAAAUUCACAAUACACUUCCUCGAUCAGUAAAAUAUCUUGUAUUCUCUAAUUCCUUUAAUUAUCCAAUAGAAAAACUUUCAAUAAGCUCAACCCUUUCAUUCAAUGAUGUCACAGAAGUAGCUAUUAUUCCCAACUUUAUAGAAACUCUAGAAUUUGGUAAAGAAUAUAAUCAAAUAAUAAAGCCAUUUUCAUUGCCGCUAUCUAUCAAAACCAUAAUAUUUGGAGAUAGAUAUAAUCAACCGUUAGAAGUUGGAUCAAUUCCUUUCGAAUGCACAACACUAGUAUUAGUCAAAAAUCUUGUAUUCUCUGAUGCCUUUGACUAUCCAAUAGAAAACUAUAAAAUUCCACACUUUAUAGAAACUAUAGAAUUUGGUAAAGAAUAUAAUCAAUUUAUAAAACCCUUAUCAAUACAUUCAUCUAUCAAAACCAUAAUAUUUGGAGAUAGAUAUAAUCGACCGUUAGAAAUUGGAUCAAUUCCUUUCGAAUGCACAACACUAGUAUUAGAAAAUAACUACAACAUACUUUUCACAAAAAAUUUAAUACCCCCAACUAUAACAAACCUAUAUAUAAGAACCUCUUUUCUUAAACCAAUUAAAAAAGGAAUCCCAUCAAGUGUAAAACAUCUUUCUCUUGGUCAUUCUUUUAUAAAAACUUUUUUACCAGGGGCAAUACCCGACUCAGUAACCUCAAUUGAAAUACUUUUUAAUAGCCCAAUAACAUUUCUACCAAAUAACAAUGUAAUCAGUAUUUUACCGUCGAGUAUUGAAACUUUAUCAUUUGGGGAAUCGUUUAACCAUUCAAUUGACAAAGGACUUCCAUCAUCACUAACCAAACUA